AUGCCUGAAUCGUUCUCGUCCUCCUCAGAAACCCCAGCCAGCAGCUCCACGCACCACCGCCGGCGCUCCUCCUCGCAUAUCCGGCCCUUGAACCUGACCCCGUCCUCGUCUCUGUCCGCCAGCAAAGGUGCCAGCAGCAAAGCCCCGGGCCUCCUGUCUGCUCCCUCUCUCUCUCCUAUCCCGGGCACCCCCUCGGUGACGGGCAACUCGCCCAUGUCGCUGUCCAGAUCUCCCUCUCCAAGGCCCGGCGGAGGUUGGUCCAGUCCAGGCCUGACCACCGUCACUGCUGGGAGCAGCGGCAGCUCCAGCCCGCGUCGUGGCUACGGCGAGCUCUCCGCCAAUGGCCAGGCGUACUCGAAUGGCGGCCUGGACGGUGACCACGGGCCCAACGCUUCCUGGAUGGCCGCAAAGGCCAAAAGUGACCGCGUAAAGGGGUACCCUUCCUUUUCCACACGAAACAACGGCUUCUUCUCCAGGCAGCGGAGGAAGAUCUCCGCCAGCCUGCCCCGGUUCAGACUCAACUCCAUGCUAGACUACGGCGAGAAGGAGAAGCUCGGAAGGGGGCGAUGGUCUGGUCCAAAUGGUAGCCCGCUCCUCUACAGGAUCAAAACACUGCUCGGCAGUCUCCUACGCCGCACGAGAAUACGCCUUCUUCUAUUAUCCAUUUUGUUGUUUAUUCUAUGGCUUUGCUUUUCAUCACGCGGAGGAAAGAAAAUAGUAUUAAUUGUUGCGUCUAAUGUCGGCGGCGGUGUUAUGGAGUGGAAGGGUGCGCGCGAAUGGGCCAUCGAGAGAGACAGUCUCCGCAAUAAGAAGAAAUACGUCAAGAGAUGGGGGUACGACCUCGAGAUCGUUAACAUGGUCACCAAGAAGCGAUACGCCCACGAAUGGAGAGAAGGCUGGGAGAAGGUCGAUGUCAUCCGUGGUGCGCUGCGGAAAUAUCCCAAAGCCGAAUGGUUCUGGUGGCUGGAUCUAAAUACCUUCAUAAUGGAACCCUCAUACUCCGUCGAAAGCCACAUUCUCAACGGUCUAGAGAAAAAGACUUACCGAGACAUAAACAAAUACAACCCCCUCAACAUCACUCACCCCCCUUCCCUCCCCUACCUAGACCCUCUGUGUCUCUCACCCGAAGGCGACAAGAAAACAUCAUCAAUCAACCUGAUCGUGCCUCAGGACUGCUCUGGCUUCAACCUAGGCUCCUUCAUGAUCCGCCGCUCCACCUGGACAGACCGACUGCUCGACAUCUGGUGGGACCCCGUCCUCUACGAACAGAAACACAUGGAGUGGGAGCACAAAGAGCAAGACAGCCUCGAACAUCUCUACACCCACCAGCCAUGGGUCAGGCCGCACGUCGCCUUCAUCCCACAGCGGAGAAUGAACUCCUUCCCACCCGGUGCUUGCGGCGACGGCACAGAUCCCGGAAUCCACUACCAGCGCAAGGACAGGGAUUUCCUAGUCAACAUGGCUGGCUGCGAAUGGGGUCGAGACUGCUGGUCCGAAAUCUACAAUUACAGGGAACUUAGCAACUAUCUCAACAGAACGCUCUGGGAGAAGUUCAAGGACGCUCUAAGUGACCAGUGGAAUAGAAUGCUAGGUAAAGAAGUCAAGAAGAAGCCUUGA